AUGGCAAAUCUUCGUAAUAUUAUGAGAAUAAGUCAACCAACUACAGCUUUUUUCCUUUGUGACAUUCAGGAAAAAUUUAGACCUCACAUUCAUCAAUUUUUGAGCGUAGUUUCAACCGCUCAGAAAAUGAUUGCUGCGUCCAAAAUUUUAGAGAUACCUUUAAUUGUCACUGAACAGAAUCCUGGAGCUCUUGGACAUACGGUUCAAGAACUUGAUAUCUCUAAUGCGCUAAAAGUAGUUAACAAGACCAAAUUUUCAAUGUACGAAGAAGAGACUCAAAACUUAUUAAAAUCUCACAAGAUAAAAUCAGUGACACACGUGUGUGUGCUUCAAACAACCCUGGAUUUGCUGGAAAAUGAUUAUGAUGUUCAUGUUUUAACUGAUGGUGUUUCUUCGAUAAAUCAUCCGGAAAUCGAUAUUGCUUUGCAGCGUCUACGACAAGCAGGUGCAUCAGUUUCAACUUCAGAAUCAAUUUUGUUUCAACUCCUUGGUGAUGCAACACAUCCGAAAUUUAAACAAAUUUCUAAUUUGAUCAAGGAAUAUAAAGAAGCAACUUCUAGCAAUAAGUUGUUAUAUAAAGCUACAUUGUAA